AUGCCGCCGGUUUACCCGCCCAAGUUCAACAGGAGCCUGGUCGCCGUUCGGGGUACGGUUUACUGCAGAAGCUGCAAAUACGCUUAUUCCGACCCCAAAACACUCAACGACGCUAAACCCGUUGAAGGUGCUGUGGUGAGACUAGUGUGCAAGAGAAUAAAGAAGAACAUAGUCGCAGAGACAAAGACAGACAAGAACGGAUACUUCUUGCUGUUGGCUCCUAAGACGGUGACCAACUUCGGUUUCACAGGAUGCCGUGCGUAUCUGGUGAAAUCAAAGGACUACAAAUGCAACAAAGUCUCCAAGCUUAUGGAUGGAGAUGUCGGUGCCAAGCUAAGAUAA